AUCUGUACUGUGUGCUAAUCCGAUCUUUGAGAAUAUGUUUAGAAAGAGUAGAAGAUUAAAGUCUUUUCCAACUGAAAAAAAGUGUUCUUUGAGAUUUGUCAACCAGACGGGCCGAAAUGUUGAUCUCCUCUGGAUAAACUUUGACGGAAAGCCUGAGAAGUAUCGCACCAUACACCCAGAAGACCAUGUCAGUAUGAUCACGUACAUCUCUCACACUCGGACAUUCGAAAAUACGGAGACGAGAGACAAGCGUGCUGUCAUUAAUCUCCCUUACUACCCAGCAGACUGGGAGAAAUAUGAUUCUGAGAAAAUUGCUAACCUCGAUAUUCAUGAACAAAUAUCACGUGACAGAAUCGUACUGUUGAUACAAACACCUAUGUAUAGUCUGAGUGAUAGUUGUGUGCAAGUGUUCCGUGACAGUAUCAAGUGGAGACACAACUUUGACUUACUUCAUCAAUUAAGAUUUGAGUUACCAAAGAUAUUAUAUGAUGAACUUGAAAUGAUGGUUUUGCGAAAAGAGUUUCAACCUAGGACUCUAUAAGUAUAUCUGAUAAAAUUCCUACAAGCCGAUUUUGUUUAUAUUAUAAGGAAGUUUCAAUUAGUUUUAUUUUUGGUUUAUCCUGCUGUGUGUUCUGUUUACUCUAGUUGUUUCCACCUGGGCAAAACAUGGUUACUUUGAUAAAAUUAUCAAGUUCGUGAACUCAGGAGAUUAUACUUGGAAGGCUGAACACAACAAAGUGACUGCUAUGGGUCAUAAAGCCAAAGUGUUGGCUGGGUCUCACGUGGGCCAAGGGUAUGUCCGUAACCUGCCCACGCGGCCUCGGGUCAGUCAUGCCACCAUUCCCAAGUCCUUUGACGCCCGCUCUGUUUGGUCGUACUGUGACAGCAUAUGGAGCAUAAAAGACCAGGGCAACUGUGGCACGUGCUGGGCUGUGUCCUCAGCUUCUGUCAUGUCGGACCGUGUAUGUAUCGCAUCAGGCGGUCAGACACGUGUCAACAUUUCCGCAGAACAGUUGGCUGCCUGCUGCACCGACUGUGGUGUUGGUUGUAAUGGUGGUUACCCUGACUUGGCUUGGCCUUACUUCCGUUCUCACGGACUCGUCACUGGUGGAGAUUUUGAUUCUAAUGAGGGUUGCCAACCGUACGAAGUGCCUCCAACUGGCAGUUCGGCAGAUCAGUACUUGCGCUGCAGCCCUCAUAAGUGUACCAACACCCACUAUCAGAACAGCUACAAGUCAGAUCUCCAUUAUGGUAAGACUGCCUACUAUGUACCACCUGAUGUCCAGUCCAUUCAAGCUGAGAUCAUGACCAAUGGUCCAGUCGUGGCAGGAUUCACGGUUUACGAUGACUUCUACAGCUACAAGUCAGGAGUGUACAAGCAUGUGACCGGAGCAUUGUCUGGAGGCCAUGCCAUCAGGGUGCUGGGCUGGGGAGUAGAGGACGGUGUUGACUAUUGGCUCAUUGCCAACUCCUGGAACCGCACUUGGGGCGACAACGGCUACGUUAAGUUCAUACGAGGCAUCAACAAUUGCGGAAUUGAAGAGUUUGUCACUGCUGGAUUGGUCGAGCCCAAUUAGCAUUCAAGUUGUAACACCAAGUCAUCUGUUAAUUCUAUAUGUUUUAGAAAACAUACAGUAUAUAGUUUUACAAAAAUAAAAUUUAUAUUACUUUUA